GUUGGUCUACCUCUGGUUUCUAUAGACUUCGUGGCUUCAAUGUGCCGUGGAUGAUUUAAGUUCACGCAAUCCCAUUAUCCUGGACCUGCACCUUGGCUUUCAGUCGCCCGUACCGUCGAGCUUAAUUAAACCUUCCAUCCUCUCCCUGCGAAUCGCUUCCGACCCCGCCACCGUGCAAUUUGGACCUUCCUUCGCGGCCCAUCUAGCUUCUGCACAUAUUCCUCCGGCGAAUCAAAUCACAGAAUAAUGACCUCCUAUUUCUCUUCGAUUACCUCGUCGUCAGCGAUCUCCAACAUCAGCACGCGACUCAACUCCCUCCGCCGUGCCAUCACCUCCGGAGACGAGGCCGACGACCCAGAAAACGAAGACUGCUCUCACAUCUCCAACGUUCUGCGUGCCUACUACACACAGAAAGGCCGGCCCUUUCCAUCAUGGCUCCCUCCGGACCCUAAAGCUCCAGCACCCGCCCCUUCCCGAACCAUCGCAACCACUCAGAUCCAGCCAGGCGCCUACGGACACGGUUCAGCGGUCACAACCUCAGCCCCCGGACGCGGUGGCGGGCUGAGUGAUCUAUGGGGAGACUCGGGAGCUUCUCAACAACCACCAGCAUCACAAACGGCCAGUCUGCGACGAGGACGUCUGGCAGCCGGGAGCGCAGGCGCCCCGCUGUCGACGGUGCACAGCGCUCCCUCUGGCUCAAUGGUGACACCUCCCUCGGGAUCCCCCACACCGCCGACUGCGCAUCCGUCCGGGGCACGACCUCUCCCCAGUCAGCGAGCGGGAUCGUAUCAGACAAUUGCAUCAGGCCAGGCCUCUCUUGAGCGGGCUGCAUCUGCGCAGGAGAGACUCCGAGCGCGCUUGCAUGGAGGGCGGUCGCCUAGCCCGGCCCAGACUCCUCCGGGCGGCAGUCGGCCGGGGUCACCGUAUUACGGGGGAGGGGCAGAUCCGAGUGUGCGAAAGCCGGUUGGGAUGCCGGGACGACGGUAAGAGGGAGGGGAAUUGGGGGUGUUACCCUCAACAGCCACUGAAUGAAGUUGUUAUGUCUCAAUAUUACUACUAAUUUGGACUCCCAACGCUCGAGACGGACAUCGCUGGAUGGUGCCUGUCUGAGAAGUUUGUACACAGCGUUAGGCCAUUUGCUUGUUUCCUGUAAUUAUCUCUUCAACAUCAUCAAAUAAUACUUGUAUCGAAUCUAUUUACUAUUCCCUG